CACACAUUUAGAUCGUGUGAGGGAAAUGUAAACACAAAAAUAUACGAUUUAUUUUAUUAAAAAUUUCCACCAAUAUGUCCAAGUUAUUUGAGUGCCCUGAAUGGGAUUGUGCAUCUAAUACCUCCAAGAAGUAUAAUUUCAAAAAGGUUGAUUCUUCUGCAAAAGGGACGAAAACAGGGAAGAUUUCGAAGAAGAAAAAACCGAAAAGGCAUAGCUUCGCAACUAAAGGUGAUUCAGAAGAUAAUGCAGCAUCCACUAAUUCUGGGAAUCCCGGAAAAUUCGUAAGAAUACAAAAAGCUGACGAAGAACCUUUUGAUGCAAAGAAAUCAGGGAAGAAAGUUGAAAUGGAGAGUCUUCGGGAUAAGCUAAUUGGUAGUCUCAAAGGAUCAAGAUUUCGUUUUAUUAAUGAGCAACUGUACACAAAUGAGGGAAAGGAUGCUGCAAAAAUCUUCGAUGAGGAUGCCACAGCAUUCAAAGUUUACCACGAAGGCUACAGACAGCAAGUAUCGCAGUGGCCACUAAAUCCCCUCGAUGUGAUCAUAAAAUCCAUCCGGAAAAUGCCUAAAGAUUACGUUGUUGGUGAUUUUGGGUGUGGAGAUGCAAGAUUGGCACAAUCUGUUCCCCACAAGGUAUAUUCUUUGGAUCUCGUUGCUGCAAAUCAAGAUGUUAUAGCUUGCGAUAUGGCCAAUACUCCUCUAAAGAAGAAUUCCCUCAACGUUGUAGUUUACUGUCUAUCCUUGAUGGGUACAAAUCUAAAGGACUUUCUCCUGGAGGCCAAUCGAGUUCUAAAAAUGGGAGGACUUGUUAAAAUUGCCGAAGUUCAAUCCAGAUUUGUCAGUGUUAAGGAAUUCGUGAAGAAUGUGGAGAAAUGUGGUUUUAAAUUGCUGGACAAGGAUCUUCGGAAGAAUUAUUUCUUCUUUAUGACUUUCAAGAAAAUCAGCAAUACCGGGAAGGACAACAAAUGCGAGAACUUCAGCCUCAAACCCUGCCUGUAUAAGAAGAGAUAAAAUUUUGAUUUUAUAGAUUUAUUUUUUAAAAUGUAAUCAUUGCUUUAUUAAAUAAUUCCCUAUGAAUUUUUUUUUAUAACAAAUUGGUGGAUACAACUUUUUGUUUUGCAAAUUAUACAAUGAAGAAUAAAAUAUGAAUAGUAUAUAAAGAAAUAAAUAUAAUAAUAGAAAAAGAAUCCAA